GUUCUCCCGAGCAAAUUAAUUCCUUGUGUUCCGAACCUUUUUCCAAACCUGCUAAUUAACGCUCACACGUAUAUUACCCAUACGCAUAUACAAACACACAGACAUCUCCUCUCGUCACCACCGCACACCACCACCGUCGCCGUCUCGUCCUCUGCUCCAUCACUCUCCUUCAAUCAACCCUACCGAACAUUUUCUCAGGAUCCCUCACCAAACCACGCAGAUUCCGCACUUUUUCCUCAUUAUCUUCAUCUAGGGCUUCUGUCGAACACCUUGAUUGCAAUGCUUAGGCUGAAGAAAUAUGGGAUUUUCCCAACUCUGGUUAAAGGAUAUGUUCAAUUUUGAUUCGGGAUUUGGUUUGGCUGAGAUGAACAAGCCGGGUUUGAGUUCGGGGCUUUGCCGGUUGAGGUUAAGGAAUUGGAGGAACUUCCUGAACAGUGGAGGAGAUCGAAGCUGGCUUGGUUGUGUAAAAAGCUUCCCGCGCAUAAGCAAGGUGUGCUUGUUCGGGAGUGGGCUAGGCAAGAAGAUGCUACUUAUCUUACUGUUCAUUGUUAGCGGAGAAUGAGACUGCCUUUAAGGUAUAAAUGGAUGAGGCAACAUUAUUGGUUCCAAUUUGAUUGGUGACUGUUGAACCUUCAUUUACAUUUUGACACGUGCUUAUCUUAGCUCAUCUUCUCAAAGUUGCCUAGAGCGGGCAUGCACCACCUACAAUGGCAUGAUCCAGUUGGGACGAUACAAGCCCUACUUAGUUUGCACAAUUCUCUUUUCAGAGCUCUUGUUAGCAAUCCAGGAGACUCUGCAAAACAUAACCUUAAACAAGCAGAAUUUGUUUAUCAGAAUUUGUCGACAUUUGCCAUUUGGGCUUGAGAUACACGAGGAUAUAUAUCGUGGUUUAAUUUGGCUACUUAGCCAUCACGAUGUAGUAGAAAAAGAAAGAAUUGCAUCACUUAGAGCGGAGAUGAAAGGAGCGGGUUUCGGAGAAAGCAAAGUGAUAAUGGAAGCAUCUGAUGCAGAAGUUAAUGGAGCUAAUGAGACAAAUGGUGUUAAUGGGACUAACGGUGUUAACAGGACAAAUGGUGCAGUUGAGGAGCCUUUGCCACCACCUCCUCCCAUACCUGAAGAUGUUGUUCCCGUUCGUGUGGACAGAGAUCUUGAGCCACUGGUAAGGAAGCCUCCAUGUGUGCCUAUUGCGAGGCGUGGCCUAGCAUCAAUAGGGAACAAAGUUCAGUUUCUAACUAAUCACUUCAAAGUCAAUGUGACAAAUGUUGAUGGACAUUUUUCACUGCAGUGUUGUUAUGAAGAUGGACGUCCAGUAGAUUUAAAAGGUAUUGAUAGAAAGGUGCAUGAUCGUGUGCAUGACACUUACAAGGGGGAAUUGGAAGGAAAAGACUUUGCUUAUGAUGAGGGAAAGAGUCUGUUCACUGUUGGAGCUCUCUCGAGGAACAAGCUUGAGUUCACUGUUGUGCUUCAGGAUAUGUCGUCUAAUAAAAGCAAACGGAACUGCAGUCCUGCACUCCUACUGAUGGAUGCCCCCACGGGAGUGAUCACAAAAGAAUGAGGUGUCCAUACCAGUCAAAGACUCACAAAAUGGAGAUUUCUUAUGCCGCAAAGAUCACAAUGUAGGCCAUUGCACAAGCUUUACGUGGUCAGGGCUCUAAGAACUGUCAAGAAGGCCUAAGGGUUCUAGACAUCAUCCUCCGUCAGCAUGCUGCUGAACAAUUACUUGGAGGCAAUCAUGACGUUUGACGAGCACUUUGGUUCAAUCACCUGCUUUGCAUGUACAGUUGCUGUUCAAAGAAAUAUUCAAAAUCUAAAAUCUGAAAAAACCAGAGGAUCAGUGAAGAUGUCUACUUUAACAACUGUGCCACUAGGAGUGGCAAAUUUUUUCAGGAUCUCGAGAAGCCAAUGCAUUGGAUAAUAUGGUAAAUUUUGGCCAGGACUUCCAUUGCCGCCGCAACUUGUAUAUGACAAAGAAAAGCCUGUUGAACUGUCCCAAAAGCUAUUUUUGAGAGGUUUACAGAGAAUGCAUCUAAAGCCAUUAUGCUUGCACAAGAAGAGGCAAGGCACCUUGGCCAUAAAUUUUGUUGGAACAGAACAAAUUUUUUGGGUCUUAUUGGUUAAGGCACUAGUAUUACUGCUAAAGUGCUCAAGUCGACGGGAUCAAUUUAAAAAAUGCACGUGUAGAGGUAGAGAAGAUCAUGUUGUAGAAAUACCAUUUACACCCCGCAGUAAGCGUGUUUUAGAGCUCUCCCUACUGGAAGCCCGUCAUUUAGGCUUCAUCGGAAGUGAGGAAGACAAGGGAAGGGGGAGAAAUUAUAGCAAUGGAUAUAGAGAGACUGGUGCUUUCAGAGGAAAACCGCCUUGCUUUUGUAAAUAUCUUUGCAGCCGAGGCCAAAGAGUAUGUUGAGAAAAAUCGAGAUGAUUGUUGUGGUGAAAAGAAAGCCAUCUUUCAUGUCCUGAACUAUUGCGUGAUUGAUCUGACUUAUAUCUGGUGUAUAUAGUAGAAGACCCCUUCAAGCCAGUUCCAAUUGAAUUGACAGUAAUACCUCUCCGAUCCUCUAUUGUCUGGACCGAACCAGCCACUACUAUCUUUCCUUCUCCCGUUUCUUCAGUCUGGUUUUCACUUCUGUCUGAAUCCACGCCAAUUUUAUUGUAUUUGAUCGGAGGUGCGCUCGGUGCAUCAACAGACCUUCUGUCUUUGGGCGAGGGCUUAUGUGAUGUGGUGAUGAUUGAGACGCACAAUCAGGAACAUAAAUGAAGGAGCAUUUGCUGGCCACUCGGUUUGUUUGAUCGAAACUGCUGCUCCUGCUCAUUUGGACCCAAUCCCAGAGUAUUCUUCGGAUGAUGAGAUUGCAGCAGUGGAGUAUGAAGAUGAUCACUAUCACUAUGAUGAAGACUGUGGCUCUUAUUUUAUAUAACAAGCAGAUUUUCAUAUUAUAUAUAUAAGUAACAAAUGUCGAAGUAUUAUAACUCUACUAGGCAGGUAUGACCACCCUUUUUGGUUCUAAAGGCUAUGGAAGCAUCUUCAUAGCAAGGGUCUAAGGAAUGCACUUUUUGAUGUAAAUAAUGAAAACGUUUAUUGGUAAUGCUUGCAGUUUCCACUGGGUGCUAUAGAUUUAGAAUUGAACCCAUACAUAUUGUCAAAUUAAUACUGUUCCUAAAUAUUUAGUUUGAUUCGGCAGUAUUCUAAGAUGUCAGAUAAAGAUUGGACUGGCAAGGAAAGAAUAACGUUACUGCACGCUUGGGUCAGUGAAAAUUUAUACGAUGUUGCAUUACAAUUACUGGAAGUGGAACAUCACAAGAAAGAAUUGGCUCUGACAACUGACAAGAAUGCACUCCUUGUUUUGGCUAAAAAUCCCCCCUGUAUUUGCUGGAACAGCGCAGUCUGUAUUUUGGAGACUACUUAAUACAGUUUCUGAUUUUCAUGGAGACCCGAGCUGUGUAGAGAAAGCUGUAAAAUCCGAAUUCAAAGUCUUAGCUCAUACUAUUGAAACAGUUGAAGAGCAACAAAGUACGGUCCGAGACCACCAUGCCAAUUUUAAGCAAUUUAUUGAUGUCCUAAUGAAAGACAAAGAAAUGCUCCUGCUGGGACUCUGACUAAAACAUCAGCGAUGCUGGGAUGUGGCGAAACACCAGAACAAGUAGUGAGAACCAUGGAGAAGGUGGGGGAAGCAGACGUUGAUGUGAUUACGUUCGAAAACUUGAAAUUGUAAUGGAGUCCGUUGGAUCAGAAUUCGUAUAAGCUGUUGAUUUUGAAAGACGCGCCGAGAAUUGCUGCGGUGAAGAUUUUUAAAAAGGAGCAUGUUCAAAGGUCCGAGUUUUAGCUGCGGACACCUCACCUAAUGGUAUACAGAAUGGAAACGUAAUGCUAUAGAAGAAAACAACUGUGAUUAUUUUCCAUUUAGCUGAGGUGUGUUUGGCCAAUGAGAUCAGAAGAAGAUGAUCUUUAUCUUAUCUACGUCUUUUGUCGAUAUAUUGUAAGGAUGAGUUUUCGUCUUCAGGAGCCCUUGUGAUACACAUAUGCAUCAAUGCAUGAUCCAGAAUUUCUUACCUCAUUUCAUUUUCUCGUAAUAUUCGGUAAGAAGAUAUUAAGAAACAAUCAGUGAAAAAGAUAGAGGUAGCUAUGAUGUGGAUGAGAAGAUAGAUAGCGGUUGCUUGCACUUGAUAUUGUGGAGGUAAUUAUGGGGUCAAGUGAUUAUUUUGGUAGAGUUUGUUGGCCUUUUAAUUGAUUAUGAUUAUGACAAUCUAUCUAAAUUGGUGGCCAUAUGAAACCUAUAUGUUAGUAAUUCUUUUUAAUUGUUUUAGAGAAGAUGUUACUAGAAUCAUAAAUGUAGAAGAAAGGUCUUCACAAGUACAUGACACGUUUAAAGAUUUUACUAUAUUCUCCCAUACAUUAUUUACUCAUAAAGAAUUAAGUGUAGAGAUGUAGGUCCAGUCUUGUUAGUUCUGAUAAUGUUGGCAGGUGUUUGUGCCAUGCAUGCUUAUGGAAGGUACUCACUGCUCAUUGGAUACAUAUGAUUUUUCUGGCCCUGUUGAACUCGCAUCAAUCGCUCCUAUAGUGUUUCACAACUAAUAUGUUCUUAGAAUACGAUACGAUUGAGGUAGAUUAUAGUAAAUAAUAGCAAUUUAUACUCAGCGUAAGAAUGUUCCGACUUAUGUAUAAAAAUAAAUUUUACUGUCCUGUAUAAUCGAUAUCUUAGUAUUGCGCAAGGAGCAUUAUAUUGUUGAUUUGAGAUAGAA